UGCAGCGGCGGUGGCGUGCAGAGCGCGGUUGUGCGGUCUAUUUUAAGCCGACCCUGGGAGCCUUAAACCGUUUUCGAUGCUCUCGCAAUUCCAAGAGCAGAGGUGUAGAUAUUCGAAGUAUUCGCGCGGGCCUCGUGCGUGUUUCAGGUGAAGCGAGCAAUGGAUAUACACAGCAAGAUAAGGCGACCUCGGCACGUCAGAAUAAUUACAGUUGGAAACGUAGAAGCCGGAAAGACCAGCAUAAUCAGGCGGUAUUGCGAAGGAAGAUUUUCUUCGAAGUACCAACCAACAGUAGGAGUAGACUAUGGAACAACCAGGGUUUCUAUUGACGGCAUCGAAGUUAUGGCGAACAUAUUCGACCUCUCUGGACAUCCUGUAUUCAAAAUAGUACGUAUGGAAUUCUACUCAAACAUUGAUGCCGUUCUCCUUGUGUAUGACAUCAGCAACAGUUCAAACACCGAGCACUCAGAGACACUCGAGCGAUGGCUCCACGAGAUGGCAGAAGGCAUGGACAACACCUCAGUGGUCUGUGUUGUAUGCAGAAACAAGAGUGACAAAGGGACACGCAUGCAAAACAAGGAAGUUGAAAGAUGGGUGGAUAUGCACAAAUUCUCGCACUUUGUCGUCUCUGCCUGCAAUGGCACCGGCAUCCAUGAAAUGUUUCAGAGCCUGCUGUUGCAAGUUCUCAGAGUGCAAGACACCGGAAGAGACCCUGUAGCGCUGUGGUCUUCUUGCAAUUACAGCAAAGAGGAGCUUCAAGCAGUCCACCAAGUGCGGUGGUCUCGGUCAGAGUACGAGAAGCUUGGCGUUGAUUCGAGGGCAUCUAGGGACGACAUCAACAGGUCAUACCGGCGCCUAGCAGUCCUACUGCACCCAGACAAGAGCACAGCACCUGGUUGCGAAGAAGCCUUCAAGAUGCUAGUGGCAGCGAGAACUGCUCUGCUGAAGCGUUUACUGCACUGACAAGGCCUGCCAAACAGUGCACUUACGAAUACCCUAGCAAGAAUGCCUCACCCUGUGCCCAUCCUUUUGCGAGGAAGUUGCAUUAUUCAUCCUUGGCAGGAAACACGGGACUGGUUUCGCUUAUCCAAGGUUGAGCUGAAAGGUGUCUGCUUAUCGCACAGUGUGCCUUUAGUCACCUGCCCUACCUCUGCCGUGGUGGAUAUGGCAUUCUUCAACUAAGAACAAGGUUACAUGUUUAAGUCCCAGCUACAGCGGCUGCAUGUCAGCAAGGGCAGUAGGUCAAAGCACGAGUGCACUUUGAUUCAGGUGCACAUGGGGUCAAAUUUGAUCGGAGGCUUCCUGCUAAAGCCUCCUUCAUAGCCCACUGUGCAAGUCUCGGAUGUAAAAAUAAAUUGGUCGGUUGGUCAGCCAGUCAAGUAUGCAUAUUGCAAAAUGUUGAUUUAAUGGAUGCUUAUUUUACAAGAGUUGCCCAACUUGUAAUUUAACAGUGGUUGCGUGGGAAGACAAGUCCCUUGUAGAAAUGAUGGUCCACUGACAUCUAUUGUUCAACCACUGUUCAUCAUCUCAGGUCUCCGUCUGCCUGUGAACCACUCCCCCUUGUGUGGAUUCCAAUUUGUUACUGUAAUGUAGACAUUAACAGCACAGCAGACCAAGCCUAUGAGGACAUGUUGGAAGCAUUCGAAAAAGGUAUGUAAUACAGGCUGAACCACAUAAGUGGUUUCAAUAACCCCACUACAGUUCAACUUUUGAGGGGCUUUGAUGGGACUUGGUGCACCGAAACCAACCAAUGUCAAAAUGCUAAUAAAGAAAGAGGUUACAAAUAAAAACAAUCGCCACUUUGUAUGCA